AUGAACCAAUGGUCUAGUUACCUACUGGGAUGGACGACCUUCCUCCUCUAUUCCUAUGAGACAAGUGGAGGUGAGUGGAAAGAGGCAACAUGUGUUUUUCCCUUCACCUACAAGGGAGAGGUUCACUUCACUUGCACCAAAGUCAAUAGCUUCUCCCCCUGGUGUGCAACCAGAGCAGUUUAUGAUGGCAGAUGGAAGUACUGCAUGACAGAAGAUUAUCCACGAUGUGUCUUCCCCUUCAUCUAUCGAGGAAAAUCCUAUGAAAGUUGCAUCACAGAUGGUGGCAUCUUAGGAAAGCUGUGGUGCUCAGUCACCUCCAGCUUUGAUGAGAAGCAGCAGUGGAAAUACUGUGAAAUGAAUGAGUAUGGAGGAAAUUCUUUAAGCAAGCCCUGCAUCUUCCCUUCCACCUACAGAAAUAAUGUGGUCUUUGAAUGCCUUGAGGAUGAAAGUAACAAGCUCUGGUGCCCAACCACAGAGAACAUGGAUAAAGAUGGAAAGUGGAGCUUCUGUGCUGACACCAGGAUUUCCACAUUGGCUCCUGGCUUUCCCUGCCACUUUCCAUUCAACUAUAAAAACAAGAAUUAUUUUAACUGCACUAGCAAAGGAUCAAAAGACAAUCUUCUAUGGUGCGCAACUUCUUACAACUAUGACAAGGACCACACCUGGGUGUAUUGCUGA